AUUAGGCCACCUCUGCCGUGAUGUCACCAGAACAACAGCAGAAGCAGCAGCAGCAGUUGAGAGAGAGAAAGAAAGAGUGAGAGAGGAGGAGAGAGAAAGAGAGAAGAGCAUCCACUGCUGCUGUUCCCAGGCAGAGCAUCACCUUUUUCCUUGAUUCUAAACUAAAGAAGACACUGAAAGCACUAAAGUUGACUUUGCAAUGACAAGAAUGGGUUCAAGCCCCUGGUCAGGAGGUGUCCUCCUUUUUUUAAUACUGCUAAUAAGUUUGCCCUUGAUUGUGAUGGGACAGACUAGUAUCUCCUCCAAUUCAACAACUAAUAUGGACGACACAGCAACAACUGCCAUAACAACAAUGAUCAGCAUAAACAGCUCUACAAUUUUCCCAGUUCCAGGUUCAAAUAACACGAACAUGUCAAUGAUCUACUGCCGAGUUUUCACCUGUAAUGUCUCCCAAUGCUACAACACACAUCUGAAUACCAAUGCCACCAUGUGUGCAAGUCCUGGCAUGUUUUGUGAGUUGAGGAGAGAUGACCCCAUGAGAUAUUCAGUGAACUGUGUUCCAGUCUGUCGCACUUCCUGCAACGGUUCUCAGAUCAACUGCUCAGUCAGCUGCUGUGACUCUGAUAUUUGCCUCAAUUCCACUAUCGCCAACCUGACCAACCUCAUGCCCCCAAUGAUUCCAACAACAGCUCCCACAACUGCAAACACGACUACUACUACCACCACAUCUCCAACCACCACCACAGCUGCAAACAAUGGCAAGAAGUGUAAUAAGGUUUCCUGUACUGGAGACAUCUGCUAUCAAUCCAAUUUAGCUACGAUGCUGUGCCCUCCUACUCAGCACUACUGUAUGCUAAAAAAGGCAACCAGUGGGACAGUAAUGACCUGGACAGCAGGCUGCAGUGAGGACUGCAGAAAGGAGACUGCUUGUUCAGCCACUGUUACUACCUGCUUUCUAGAGUGCUGUAAUGCCACCACCACAGCCUCCUGCCUCAAGAUGACCGGUGUACUGAACAUGCCCAGUUCUGCCACCAGAGGGCUGUUCUCUCCCAUGUUGCUGAUCAUCUCCUCACUGUUGUUUUGGUUGCUAAGCAGGGUUACAUCAGCAUAACAGGCCUUGUGAACCAAGUGUGCCUCAGCAUCAGGCGUAGAUCACUGGAGGGAGACACUCAUAGAUUUCAUGAAAAGAUGUGUGCAGACGUGUGUGUGUGGUCGUGCAUGUGUGUGUACUGAAAAAACGUUAUGCAUUAAAUACACUUUCCAAUGUGUUGAUUUUCACAUGAAUAUCAUCUAUAACAUCAGCACAAUUGUGAGUAAACCAACAGAAAAAAAUUGUGUUUAUACUUUGUGUUCAUGUGAAAUAAUCAAAUAAAUAAGAUGCAUUCCUUAUUUCAGUAUGUGUGUAAAAGAGUGUGUGCUUUUUGCAUAACUGCAUUUUAAACAGAGCUAAAUCAUCAUGUCUAUAGAAAGCUGUAUAAAGAGAGAAUAUAUAUCAUAAGGAAAGGUCUAUGAUUUAACUUAAUUUUAACACAUAUAAUACAUACAUAAAGCUAUAACCAGUCAAGGCCUAGCCCUAGCCCUGGCAAAUAUGUUUGGAGUGUCAACAAGGCUCCGCCGCUUGUUUUUGUAGAAGCAGGUUUAUUUCAGUUUGAAUCUUUUUGAUUGGUGUCUGCUGUUUAUAGAAGUUUGAGUAACGUGGACACAGUUUGUUCUGUAAAAUCCAAGUUGACAGCCUUAUUUUCUACUUUAGAAGUACAAAAACAACCUAAAUAUAAAAAUAAAUCAGGCCAGACUUCAUUUUCAAGCAGGUGUUAAUGUUAAGGGUUAAAGCUGCCUGAGAGUAUAGGCCCACUGAAAAAGCUAUUUAUAUACAGAACUGACAACCAAGCAAAAGUAAGCAUCAGUGCAUUUGUAUAGACAUCAGACAUUUGUAAUCUAACCAAUAAUUUAAACAGGAAAUGGCUGUGUGGGGCAGGGUUUGUAGCUCAACUCAAAAACAAAAAGCAUUAUUUUUGCACAAGUUUAUUGCACUGUAAAGUUGUAUAAACAUGUCUAUGGUACAAAAUAAAUCAUUAUUGCUAAUAAA